AUCCCCAUUCUCAAAGUUUUUUCUGGCUCCUGAGUUCUGACAGAGACCUCUACUUGACCGAGAGGCUCAUCACCACUUCAACUCGAUUUCAAAGUCUCUCUCUCUCAGACACAGAAUGGCUUCCAUCAUGAUGAGGUCAGCUGUCGCCAAGGUCCUUAUCGCAGCUGUGGCAGUCUCCACCGUUGGAGUAGUUCUGGCAGCAGAAGCCCCAGCACCUGCUCCCACGGGAGUGUCAUCAGCAUCAGGCUUCUUGCCGGCAACCGUGGCUACGACCUUGAUGGUUGCCAUCACCGGGUUCGUGGCAGGUCGAUGGUUGUGAGACCAGCAUCUCAGCAUUCUUCUCCUUGUCGUUCCUCCGGGACAAGCCGGCAGAAUACGAACAUGGAGUCUCUCUAUGAAUAACCUGGACCCGUAUUCCGGAUUCAGCAGACAUGAGCCCAACUACAAGGGCAUACAUUGCCUCGGAAGCAAAAUGAGGGAAGAAAUUUGGAACUUUGGAACGCUGGCAAGAUGGCAAGGUGGCAAGGUUGUGAACUCUGUACAUAGAAGUAGAAGAUAGUCACGUAGACUUGACGCAACAUGAUUAGGCUCCACACGUCAUAAUCAGGAUGGCAUCUGAUGUGCACUAGCGAGAUUUCACGCUCAGAUCAGUAAAGACCUUCGCCACACCUGCUGGCUUCAGCCUCUCCUACUCUUCUGGGCUUACGUUCGUUUGUUUGUUCGUAUUGAAAAUGUCAGAUUCGGAUUCUAAAUGUGCUAUCCAUGUUGAUCGAUGCAGCGUCAAAUUUUAAAGAUUUCAAGCCCAAGGUGCAUGAGCAUGAUGCGUGUCUCGUUUUUCC